AUGGGGCAUGAGCACCCCUGCCCUAGAGUGGUUAAGUGGAUUUUGGCUCAUGAUUUGCUAAAUCAGGACUUCAAAGAUCUCAAUAACCAAAAUGAACUUCUGAAACAAUGCAUAAAAUUCAGAGAUGAAUUAAUAGCAGAACAUGGUUUAGUCCUUGUUGGAGGAGAAGAAGAGGAGGAAGACAUUAGAGAAGACGAUGAUGAUAAUCUGUCAGAUGGAGAAAAAAAGAAAUUGGAAUCCAAAAGACAGAAAAGGAUUGCAAAAAUGGCUCUUGUUUCACAGGAAGGAGCCGACAUUUUGAAAAAUGCAGGAUCUGGAAAUUUAGAUGUGCGGUUAAAGAAAAUAGCUGAAGAGAAACAAGAUCUUUUAGAUGAGAUUUACAGAUUAAGAUUAGAUUUGGAGGAAGAGAGACAGAAAGCAUACAAAUUAGAUCAAUUAUCUCUUAUGAGGACAGGAGCUAAUGGUCCUGAAAUGAAACUUCUAGAAGUACAAAGGGAAGCCAAUAAGCAAGUUAGCGACUACAAAUAUAGGUUGAAGAGAGCUGAGCAAGAAAUCACAACUCUGCAGAGUAGUGUGUCUCGACUGGAAGGGCAGUUAAACAGAUACAAGACUCAGGCAGAAAGUGCUGAAGCAACUGAAGACGAAUUGAAAGCAGAGAAACGAAAACUUCAAAGAGAGUAUCGAGAAGCACUCGCAAGAAUAGAAGAACUGGAAACUGCAAAUAGUCAUUUACAGAAGCGAAUUGACAAACUAAAAACGGUGAAAAGUGUUCUGAUUAAGACUUGAUAGGAUAUUUCAACUUCAUACUAAGUGCCAAUAAAAAGGAUAAUCAUAUUUUUUAGAUGGAAGGGUUUGCUUCCAUUACUAUACAUCAACCGUCUCUGGCGUGACCGAUUUAGGUGAAUGAUGUGAUAGAUUUUGUUUUGUUAUAAAAUAAUUUAUAUAGUGCCUUGCAAAAUAAUGUGAUACAGAUAUUUAGGAUUCAUAUAAAAGAAUAAAGCUUUUACUAUAUUACUGUCUACAAUAGUGAAAGGUUUGUGAUAACUUCAUGUACAAAAUUGUUUUUGCUUUUAUGUCUAUUAUCGUUGAUGCAUGUCCAUUAAGAAUGA